CCCCACCUUUUGGAACCCUACCUCUCCCUGCCCCGGGAAACCUCCCUCAUUGUUCUCAGCUCCAUCCUCGGCGCAUCGACAAACUGGCUGCACUCCUACCUCAAAACCCCCAGCGUCGAAGGCGAGCCAGAAGUCGCGGUAUUGCUGGCGUCCUUCCUCCGAGACUACCCCUUCUUCCAGCAGACCCUCUCCAAGCUCUCGCUCGACCUCGACUCCGAAGCCCGAAAGGGCAGGUUCGCGUUUGUGGAUGGGUUGACGGGCUUGUUUCUCCCGUCCCAGCGGUCCGGGGGGAGGUUGCAGGACGGGGAUGAUCUCCGGGCGGUUCAGAGACAGAUCGGAGAUGCCCUGGCGGGGUUGGAUGCGGGGAGGAAGAGGAGGGUGGUGCUGGUGCUGGACCAGCCGGAUUUCUUGGUUGCGAGUACUAGUGCUGGCGGUGGGGAAGGGGCUGGGAUCGCGGUGAGGGAUGUCAUCUUGGAUCUGAGAGAGAAGGUCCACAGCUGCGUCGUUACCGUGUCAGCCGACGACCCUCUCGUUCACCCUCCUGUCGCUCCCACACCCCUCGAGACGAACCACUCCUGGUUUGUGCUGUCACUGCUUCACGAGGCGGACAUGCUGUGCGCCCUGAGGCUGCUGGACACUGGCACAGCAAAGGAUGUCAGUGGGGUGGUGAGGAUCACCAGUUCGAGGGAUGGCGAGACGGAGGACAGAGAGUAUCUUUACAAGGUUGGGGGGCAUGGCGGUGCCAAGGUCUUCGAGAGGGGGCAGUAG